UAAAAAUGGAGCCAAAAUCGAAAACAACAAAACAAGCUCAGUAACGAUUUGCACGAGUUAAUGAUUACAACGGAAGCUUAUGGAAAACACACAUCACCUGAAGUCUGUGCAACAUGGAGUUUACUGAAGAGUUUGAUGAUUGUGGGAUCGAUGAUGAACUUUUGCUAUCAUUGCCACUAAAUUACCAACAGCAAUCAAAAGAAACUGUCCAACCAACAGAUCAGCAGCAAGUACUUACCAGUGUGAAACAAAGAAGUGAAACAAAACAAGAUAAACAAAACAAGCCCAAUCCUCCAAAACAACCUCUAAGCAUUCAAGGAAAUAGUCACAAAGAGAAUCUCCCUGCGCCCAAGAUGCAGCGUGGAUCAAGUAAUGAACAUGUUAAAAAAGGAGGAAAAAAAGAUACACCACUCUCGCCAACAUUAGACAAAUGGUUCCGCCCAACUAAGAAACAAGAAGUGGACAUAAAUACUGAAGAACUUUCCAGAGGAGUUGAAGGAGACAACACAUCAGAGAAAGAUGAUUUUGAUGGAACCAAUGAUGUGCAGUUACCUGAUGAAUUCCCCUUUCCAUUUGAACCUUAUGACAUCCAGUUGGGGUUUAUGGAAAACGUCUACAAAACUCUCGAAUUGGGCAAAGUUGGCAUAUUUGAAAGUCCUACUGGCACUGGAAAAUCUCUCAGUUUAAUAUGCGGAGCACUGAAAUGGCUGAAAGACUUUGAAGAGAAACAGAAGAAAGAACUUGAGAUGUUGCUUGAAGCUAAGUCUGUAAGUCAGGAGCAACAAGAAGCUGCCGAGGCUAAAGAUGAUUGGAUUAGUGCAUUUGUACAGAAGAGGGAGGAAGAGAGCAAGAAUAAACAGCUAAAGGAGGCACAAGAACAACGCUUGAAACGUGAAGCUCGACUUCAGGAACUUAGGAAUAACCUCAGACCCAAAGUAAAGGGCAAAAGAAAAAGGCCAAACCUUGAACAGGAAUUUGAUGAACUAUUCAAAGAUGCUGAUAAGGAGCUUAAAGAAUCGUUCAAACGUGAGCUGGACAAUGCUAAUGACUCUGAGACUUGUAACCUUGAAGUUGAUGAUGAUAUAUGCAUGAAGGAAUACAAUAGUGAUGAUGAAUGUUAUAAAGAAACAGAAAGGGAAGAUGAAGAGGAAGAUGAAUUCCAUGUCACUAAGAUAUACUUCUGCAGUCGAACUCAUUCUCAGCUGUCCCAGUUUAUACGAGAGGUUCAGAAAAGUCCAUAUGGGGAAGGUACCAGAGUUGUCUCACUUGGCUCCAGACAGAAUAUGUGUAUAAAUGAACAAGUAAAGAAACUGAAGUCUCUCACACUCAUGAAUGACCGCUGUCUGGAGAUGCAGAAGAAAAAAGAGAGCAGAAAGAAAACAGGUGAAUCUGAACCUAAGAAAAAGAAGUCAGUUCCAGGAUGUCCAUUCUACAAGCAGGAUCCUCUCUAUGAUUUCCGAGACAGAGCUCUGGUUGAAGUGAGUGACAUAGAGCAGCUAGUGAACAAGGGUAAACAGAUGAAGGCAUGUCCUUAUUAUGGUACUAGGCUCUCCAUCCCUGGGGCUGAGCUUGUUGCUCUUCCAUACAACACACUCCUGCAUAAGUCAACAAGGGAUGCCACUGGGGUAAAACUGAAGGACAAUAUAGUGGUUAUAGAUGAGGCGCAUAACCUGCUUGAGACAAUCAACAAUGUAUAUAGCAUAGAAAUCACUGGAUCUCAGGUAUGCCAGGCACAUUCCCAGCUUAGUCAAUACAUGGAGAAGUUCAAGUCAAGACUUCUUGCAAAGAACCUGAUGUACAUCAAGCAGCUACUCUAUAUAUUGGCCAGCUUUAUCAAGUGCUUAGGAGGCAAACUAGGAGAGGCAGCAAACAUGCAGUAUCUUAAUUCAAAAGAAACAAGGUUAAUGACAAUGAAUGACUUUGUAUUUGAGUGCCAACUAGACAACCUCAACCUCUUCAAGGUCUUAAGAUACUGUGAGAGGAGCCAAAUUUCUAAAAAGUUGCAAGGAUAUGUUGAGAAAUAUCAACCAUCUGAAGUGAAAAUAGCCAAAGAAAAGGAAAAGGAAAAACCCAAGCACAGUGGACUGAAGAGUUUUCUAACUGAGAUUGGUGACAAAAAUUCUGGAAAGUCUGUGUCUCCUGUAACCCAAGAUGUACCUGAAAUUAACAAAGAGGAUGGAACGAUAUUCAAAUCUCCCAUGAUGCAUAUAGAAGGGUUCCUUAUGGCAUUAACAAAUUUAAAUAAGGAUGGUCGCAUAGUCCUCACAAAGCAAGAUCUUCUGAGUAGAUGCUGUCUCAAGUUCUUGCUGUUGAACCCUGCUGUUCAUUUUGCUGACAUUGUUGCAGAUGCCAGAGCAGUUAUUGUUGCAGGGGGCACAAUGCAACCAUUAGAUGAGUUUAAAGAGCAACUGUUUUAUGCAGCAGGGGUGGCACCGAGUAGAAUCUUAGAAUAUUCUUGUGGUCAUGUGAUACACGGGGAGCAGUUGUUACCAAUAUGUUUGUCACGGGGACCAUCAGGAACAGAAUUUGAUUUCACAUUCCAGUCACGUGAAAAAACAAGCAUGCUUGAUGAAACAGGACGAGUUCUGUGCAACCUUUGCAAUGUCAUCCCUGGGGGACUUGUUUGCUUCUUGCCCUCAUAUGACUAUGAACGCAUUGUAUACAACCAUUGGGAAAAACAAGGCUACCUGAAAAGAAUGAGGCUCAAAAAACAAAUCUUCAGGGAACCCAAAAAAGCUAGUCAAUUAGACCAGGUACUGGGGGAUUAUAGUGCAGCAGUUCAGAAGGGAUGCACAGACUGCAAGGGAGAACAGACUGGAGCCCUACUAUUAUGUGUAGUGGGUGGAAAGAUGAGUGAGGGAAUAAACUUUUCUGACAAUUUAGGAAGAUGUGUAAUCAUGAUAGGCCUGCCAUUCCCAAAUUUACAUUCACCAGAACUAAAAGAGAAGAUGAACUACCUCAAUGCAAACCAUCCAAAUAGGAAUGGUAAAACAGCAGGACAAGAACACUAUGAGAACCUUUGUAUGAAGGCAGUCAACCAAUCCAUAGGCAGAGCAAUUAGGCACAAGGGAGAUUACGCCACCAUACUAAUGCUGGAUACCAGAUAUUCACGUCCAAACAUUCGUAACAAACUUCCAACUUGGAUCUCCAAACAUGUGGUGUCUCAUGAAAGAUUUGGACCAGCCUUUAGCUCAAUAAGACAGUUCUUCAGCAACAAAACCUAGCAUUUGGUGUUGUCACUGCUGGAUGAGACACUAUGGGGACUAAGAAUUAUAACGUAGUACAAAGCUGGAGAUAUGCAGUCAUAACCUACCGUAACUACUUAUGUACACAAGUGGAACGCAGUUAACUUUGUUGGACUUGAAAACUGAAUCAUGUAAAAACAAUGUCACACUUGAUGGAGUGAUGUUUUUAUUAAGUGGUAGUACGCACACUUUCACUUAAAACAAUGCUGAACAUUUCUAGUAAUUGUAAUUGAAGUUUGCAAUUGUUUGAAAAUAAAUAUAUGGAAUUAAUAAUUUAUUAUUGAUGUUUACUUUAUGUUGAUGAUCAGGCUCAUAUGAUGG